CUUGUGCACCAACACGCACUCCGAGUUCUGGAGGGUCCAUGUCAACCCGGUGGCACCAGGGAGAAAUUGCUGGCUCAUCUCCUGGCCUCUAAUGGAGCCAUCCGGCCCUUCAUGUGGCAAGAUGGGCCUCUUUCUGAAGACCUGUUCCUGUACCCGCCUCCAUUUGGUUUCCAGGGUCUUAAAGGCAAAGUGGAGGACCUCCUGCAGCUGCUGCCAGCUCCAGACUCUGAGCCCCUGUUGGAGAGGUCAUCGGAUCAGUGCCGUCGCUGUGUGGUCGUAGGGAAUGGGGGCAUCCUCAAAGGCCUGGAGCUUGGGCCGCUGAUUGAUCGCUUCGAUACUAUAAUCCGGUUAAACAGUGGCCCUCUAGGAGAUUUCAGCGCUGAUGUUGGGAAUCAAACUAGCAUCAGGAUGAGCUACCCAGAGGGCACGCCACUACGCUGGGCUGACAAGGACCCACGUGUGGUUUUUGUAGCUGUGGCGUAUAAAGAAGUGGACCUCAGCUGGAUCUCUGCAAUGAUCAACAAGCUGCCUGUGCCUUUGUGGGACUGGAUCUUCUUCUGGCAGAAAGUUCCAAAUGAAGUUCCUCUGGAGCCCUCAAGGUUCAGACUGCUGAACCCUCAGGUCAUCAGAGAGACAUCUUUAGAUCUUCUGAGGUUCUCUCAGCCCAGACCACACCUGUGGGGCUGGGACCAGAAUGUGCCAACCCUGGGAAUGACUGCCCUGAACCUAGCCAGCCUGCUGUGUGAUGAGGUCAGCCUGGCGGGCUUCGGCUAUAACGUCUCCCAACAGGGAAUGCCGCUGCACUACUACGACCACCUGCCCAUGAGCUUCAUGGAGCAGCAGAAGAUGCACAAUGUAGACAGAGAGACUCAGAUGCUUCAAAAGCUUGUGAGAGAAGGAGUCAUCACAGACCUGACGGGAGGGAUCCACUGCUCCUUCUGCACCACCUGACCCCCAACCAUCUCCAACCCUGGGUAGUUCCCGGCAAAAGCCUUCCUCUCCUUCCAAAGAUCAAGAAGAAACUGAGUUGUGCAACGGCAAGAUCAAAGAAGACUUAAGGAACUUUUUACUUAUCAAGGACACGUGACACAAAAUACAAGACCAACGUCCAACAGGCUGUCCAUCAGACAGGUCAGACUUCUGUUAAUGUUAGGAGUGACCCCUGAAGCCUAUGCUGGUUUGUUUCUUCUGCCUGAGUGUUCUGUUUGUCCACACAUGUCCAGGCUCAGGAGGAAUCUUUGACAUAUGUUUGAUCUGCACACUCACCGUCUACCUUCUAACAAGCAGAUCAACACGUUCAAAACAGUAAAACACAAAAUACUAGAAAAGAAUACUUCUACAAGUAUUAGAGACAUUUCUAGUUCCUCUGUGUCUGAUGACAUCACUGUGAUCUGAACCAGCAGAAUUAGUAUGAGAUCAUCUCUGCUAACAUGUUCUCAACACUGCAACAAAACUGUUACAGUGCACGAUAAUGUCAAAUAUGACGCUGCUAAAACAGUGUAUUAUUGGUAGCGAUGCAUCAUGGUCUUAUCUGAAGCAUAUAGUUGUAUUUUAACUUUAUUCUCACCAGUUCUGUGAUAUUUAUCUGCUGUCUUGUGUUUUUUAAGGUCUUCAGCUGCUUACUAAUGCGUGUAAGAAGUUCUGCAUCUGUCAGUAUUAAUUUUGAUAACAUGUUUUUAUUUAGUUUUAGUUUUCAUUUUAGUCACCAUUUAGCUGUCCAGUUAGUUUUAGCUUUAGUCUUAUUUUGGUGAGUAAAACAGAUGUAUACGUAUUCUGAAGCAAUCAUGUUAAAGUCUGUAAAGGAAGUGUUAACGACACCUACUUGAAACUGUAAAGAAACAUGAAAAAUUCACAUUCUGGAUCAUUUAAACUAUAUUUAUAAUUGUUUUAAUAAUAAUAAUUAAUGGAAAAAACCAAAAUGAACAGCGACUGUUUGAAAUUGUGUUUCUCAGUAUUAAUAAAGUAAACAAAUCUGUAUAA